CACACUCAUAUAAAGUUAAACGACCGGUUGCGAAGCAACUAGUAUAUGUUCCAAACAAGAAAUCACAAUAAAUGUUGUACAUUAUACUAUUUCACUCUCUUGCCACAUGUCACCUGUGCUAAAAAGUCAUUAAGUUUAGUUGAAAAUAGAUUGAAUUCCACAAUAUAGUGAAUAUAAUACGUAAAUUAUUUAAUUUUCCCGUGUGCAAAUGUAAACAAAGCGGUUGGCAAUGGAAACGACGUGUCACGUUGAAUAAAUUAAAAUGAAACAGUUGUUUUAUGAUCGUUUUGGAGGAAAUUAAUCAAUCAAAAUUUUCACACAGUAUCUGUUUUCAGCUUAAGGAACUCAAUUCUUUUCAUUAUAAAUCUUGUCUUCUGACCACAUCCAUAAUGAAAGUGGUUUUGGCUAUUUUGGGCACAUUUCUGGGCUGCUGUUCAAAUGUUAUUGUUAUGGAAUACACGAUCAAAAUGGAUCCUGGGUCUGGGAACUUAGUUUCGUUUGCUCAAUUUGCAUUCAUCGCUUUGGAAGGGUUUAUUUUUACCUCAAAAUUUGGCACGCAAUCGCUUCGAAUCGGAUACACAAGCUAUCUUGUUUUGGUUGCCAUGUUUUUUAUAGCCAAUGUUUGUAAUAACUUAGCAUUUGAUUUCAACAUUCCGAUGCCGUUGCAUAUGAUCAUUCGAGCGGGUUCGCUGGUUACGAAUAUGUUGAUGGGUAUUAUUAUUCUACGGAGGCAUUAUGGAGUCUCCAAGUAUUUGUCGGUGUUGAUGAUAACAUUGGGAAUUGUUAUUUGUACAGUUGUGUCUGGAAGUCACGUUAAAAGCACUGUCAAUGCCGAUUUUGGAAAAACAAUUACAAGCAACUAUUCUGUGUUCUUCUGGUGGAUAUGCGGUGUCUUGUUGCUUAUUUUUGCUUUACUUAUUUCGGCUCGAAUGGGAAUUUACCAAGAGGUUCUGUAUAAACUUCACGGCAAGCAUCCACGUGAAGCGCUUUAUGUCACCGUA